UGGGUUCAGUCCGCGCGCACACACACUGUAAUCUCACACUGCGCGAGCGGAGCGCGGCAAUUUAAUGACGGCAUAAUCUCAUGAAGUAGCAACAAUCAGGGGAAAAAACUGGAUCUUCAUGCGCACAUUCGCGGGAAUAUUCCAGCUGGCAUCAGGAUGAAGACACCGAUGCGCCAUGGAGUAGCCGUGUUUCUCGCGAUCACAAUGUGCACCAGUCUGUUCUUCGUGUACACCGUCAGCUAUAACAAUAGUACAACAUCCAGCGCGUCCAAAGGUGCGUCGGGUGAUAAAGUGGAGCCCACCGAUGCGCCCGUCAAGACGCACCGAGCGCCGCCACUGCAGGGAUACAGCAGCAUCAUUGACCACAAGCCCCUGAAGAUGCACUGCAGUAGCUGCGCGCUGGUCACCAGCUCUGGUCAUCUGACUGCUGGGGGUCGUGGAAAAGAGAUCGAUCAGGCAGAGUGCGUCAUCCGAAUGAAUGACGCACCCACAGCCCAUGGCUAUGGCUCAGAUGUGGGUCACCGCACGAGCCUGAGGGUCAUCGCUCAUUCCAGCAUGCAGAGAGUGCUGCGCAGCCGCCACGAACUCCUCAACUCCAGUCAGGACACGGUCUUCAUCUUCUGGGGACCCAGCAGUUACAUGCGACGUGACGGGAAGGGUCUGGUUUAUAACAACCUGCGGCUUAUGAACCAAGUUCUGCCAAAACUGAAGGUCUACAUCAUUUCCUGGCAGAAAAUGCUACAGUUUGAUGAGCUGUUCAAAAGAGAGACAGGCAAAGACAGGAGAAUCUCUAACUCCUGGUUAAGCACAGGCUGGUUCACAAUGACUAUUGCCUUAGAGCUUUGCGACAGAAUCAAUGUAUUUGGCAUGGUGCCUCCAGAUUUCUGCAGGGAAUCUCAGCACCACUCUGUCCCAUAUCAUUACUAUGAACCGAUGGGUCCGGACGAAUGUGCCAUGUACAUCUCCCACGAGCGUGGCCGGCGAGGCAGUCACCAUCGCUUCAUCACAGAGAAGAGGGUCUUCGCUAGCUGGGCUCGGACAUUCAACAUCCAUUUCUACCAGCCAGACUGGAGCCCUCCUCCUUUACCUAGAAACAGCUCAGUGACCACAGCCUCGCCUCGAUCGCAGAAAACGUGAUUCUAACCAGAGCCUUCAAAAGAUCUCAAACUGCCUCAAAUGAAUCACAGGCUAAUUUCUGUUGCCAUGUGGAUGGAGCUUUACAUGUUUGAUUGACUGGGAGAGGGUUGAGUUUAGGAAGACUCAUACUGGCAUUCUCACAUUAAUGGAGGACUAUAGCUUAAAUCAUUUUUUGUGCUCAUUCAUAGUUUAUUUAUGUAUGAAAGACAUUCCAACAGCCUGUGUGUGUCUCUCUGCACUAUAUCUGUGUUAUCUUGAAAUAGAAACUCGAAUCAAAUUGAGUUCCACUGGUCAGUUUUAGUUUUAAGAAGUAUGUGAAAGAAAAGUGGGCGGAGCGUAAAUAUAAAAUUUGUUAAUAUUUGGGCUGGAAAAAGGAGCUCUGGAAUGUUUCUUGGGAAAAUAAUGGUUUUAAAGUCAACAUUCAACAGUGUUCGCAACCCACUUCCGUAAUGUGCCGUAUUUCAGGGAGAAACAUCUGGAAUUGACAGGAUUGUGAAAAGCUGUGAAUAGUGAAAUGUCUCUCUCUAUAUGAGAGUUUGGUUGGAGGGGAGAGGUUGAAAAAUAAUCACAUGCACACAAAAAAGAUCAGAGGUGGAGCAAUUUAUUACAUUUUGAUGAAAGAUUAUGAAGACCAUUUUUUCUUUUGAAUGAAGAGCACUUGUCUUACAACAAGACAAGAAACAUGGUAUAAAGAAUGUAAAUGGGGUAAAUUUUGAUUUCAUGUUGAUUUUAAAUAAUACAGCAAUUUUGUAAUUACAUUAGAGAGCAGGAGAUAAUAUUAGAGGAAAAUCAAUUGGCACAAUAUUGUCCAGUGUAAUAAUGACCCUUAUAAUAUCCAGAGAGCUCUUUGCAUUGCAAAAUAAAAAAAAAGAAAAGAAAACUCAUACUGAAAUGUAUAACAUGGUCAAUUUCAAAGUAAUUGUUUCUCUAUUCCCCACUGGCACUUUAUUGUUUUAUCUUUAGAAAUCUGUUUUUUUACAGUGGUGGCCAAAAUGAUCGGCGCCCUUGGUAAAUAUGAGCAAACAAGUCUGUGAAAAUAUGUAUUGAUCUUUCAUUCAAAAUGUUCACAAAAAUAUAUCCUAUAAUGGAUAUCAAACAAUUGCAAACACAACACAAGUCUUAUAAAAAUAUAUAUUUUUGUUAAAUAUGUGUGGCACAAUUAUUGGCACCCCUAGAAAUUCUGAGUGACUAAGAACAUGAAAUUGUUCAGCCAUGACUUCCUGAUUCAGAGGGGUAUAAAUAUGAAGUAACACACAAGCCAAAUUCCCUUAGUCAUCUAUCACAAUGGGUAAGACCAAAGAAUAAAGUUCUGAUGUGCAGCAAAAGGUUGUUGAGCUUCACAAAAUGGAAAAUUACUUUAAGAAAAUAGCUAAAGCAUUGAAAAUACUCAUUUCCACCACCAGGGCAAUAAUUAAUAAGUUCCAAUCAACCGGAGACCUUAAGAAUCGACCCGGAAGUGAGAGGAUAGUUUGAGUGGCCAAAAAUUCUCCAAGGAUCACAGCUGGAGAACUGCAAAAAUUGUUGGGUCUUGGGGUCAGAAAGUCUAUCAAAAAUAUCAGAUAUCACCUACAUCACCACAAGUUGUAUGGGAGGGUUUAAAAAAAAAAGCCUCUGCUCUCAUCCAACAACAAAUUCAAGCAUCUUCAGUUUUUCAGACACUACUAGAACUUCAAAUGCGACCGGGUUCUAUGGUCAGAUAAAACAAAAUGAUAACUUUUUGGCAGCAAAUACCAGAGAUGGGUUUGGUGCACACAGAGAUGAAGUAUCCAAUGCCCACGGUUAAAUAUGGUGGUGGAUCUAUAACAUUGUGGGGCCAGUUUUUAUGCCAAAGGUCCUGGACAUUUUGUUCGGAUACAUGGCAUCAUGGACUCUAUCAUAUACCAACAAAUAAAAAAAUCUAAACCUGACUGCCUGAGCCAGAAAGCUUAAAAUGGGCCCUGGUUGGAUCUUCCAGCAAGACAAUGAUCCAAAACACACAUCAAAAUCAACACAAAAAUGGUUCACUGACCACAAAAUCAAGGUUCUGCCAUGGUCAUCCCAAUCUCCUGAUCUGAACCCCAUAGAAAACCUGUGGGGUGAAAUGAAGAGAAGAGUCCACCAUGUGGACCUCAGAUUUCGAAGGAUCUGCAGAUAUUCUGUAUGGAGGAAUGUCUCAGAUCACUUUCCAUGUGUCCUCCAACCUCAUUAUGCAUCAUAGGAGAAGACUCAGAGCUGUUGGCAAAGGGAGAUUGCACAAACUAUUGAAUAAAAGAGUGCCAAUAAUUGUGCCACACAUAUAUUUGAUAAAAAUAUGUAUGUUUUGAUAAAACUUGUGUUGUGUUUACAAUUGAUUGAUAUCCAUUGAAUGAAAUAUCAAGACAUAUUUUUCACAGCCUUCUUUGCUCAUAUUUACCAAGGGUGCCAAUAUUUUUGGCCACCACUGCAUGUAUCUAUUUUUAUUUAUUUAUUUAUGUUUUCAUUCGGUUAUUUAUUAAUGAAGUCUUUUUGUAUUUUGUAUUUUAUUUAUUUUUUGCAAGAUAAGUUAGCAUCUAAACACAUUGCACAUGUAAAUCGUUUCACAUUACAUAAAUGGUGCAAACGAUACUUGACUGUACGUUUGAUUCUAAU